GGACGACUCUGCUCCUCAUGUCCUGUAACUGCCCCGCCUUUCGUCCUCUUCUGUCCCACCGAAUGACGGAAAGGUUGCUCCGUAAGCCGUCCAGUGCAAGAUUUCGGCUCUGACAUCUUCGAACUGCUUCUCCCUUUUCUUCCGUUUCUUCUUCUUCUCUUCCUCCUUUCCUCUCCUCUUACAUAUAUCUUCAUCCUUCCAUCUACCGUCUUUUGGGGCAGUCAUAUCGAUACUGCUAUACUUCCCUUAUCUUUAAUCCUCCCUCAAAAAUCCUCCCCACUCUCUCAUAAUGGCUGACCAGGCAGUUGCUGACUUCGGUCUGAUCGGUUUGGCCGUCAUGGGCCAGAACCUGAUCCUUAACGCUGCUGAUCACGGUUUCACUGUUUGCGCUUUCAACCGCACAACCUCCAAGGUCGACCGCUUCCUUGACAACGAGGCUAAGGGCAAGUCCAUUGUUGGUGCUCACUCCAUUGAGGAGUUCUGCGCUAAGCUGAAGCGUCCCCGUCGUAUCAUGCUCCUGGUCAUGGCUGGAAAGCCCGUUGAUCAGUUUAUUGAGUCUCUUCUGCCCCACCUCGAGAAGGGUGAUAUCAUCAUCGAUGGUGGUAACUCCCACUUCCCCGACAGCAACCGCCGUACCAAGUACCUUGCCGAGAAGGGCAUCAGCUUCGUUGGUAGCGGUGUCUCCGGUGGCGAGGAGGGUGCUCGUUAUGGUCCCUCUCUCAUGCCCGGCGGUAACGAGGCCGCCUGGCCCCACAUCAAGGACAUCUUCCAGAGUAUUGCCGCCAAGAGCGACGGCGAGGCUUGCUGCGACUGGGUCGGUGAUGAGGGUGCCGGUCACUUCGUCAAGAUGGUCCACAACGGUAUUGAAUAUGGUGACAUGCAACUCAUCUGCGAGGCCUAUGAUAUCCUCAAGCGCGGCGUGGGCAUGCCCGUUAGCGAGAUCGCUGAAGUCUUCGAGAAGUGGAACAAGGGUGUCUUGGACUCCUUCUUGAUCGAAAUCACUCGCGAUGUCCUCAAGUACAACGACAACGAUGGCACACCUCUCGUUGAGAAGAUCCUUGAUAAGGCUGGCCAGAAGGGUACCGGCAAGUGGACUGCCAUUAACGCUCUCGACCUUGGCAUGCCCGUCACCUUGAUCGGUGAGGCUGUCUUCUCUCGUUGCCUGAGUGCUCUCAAGGACGAGCGUACCCGCGCCAGCACCCUUCUCAGCGGCCCCACUCCUGAAUUCACCGGUGACAAGCAGGCUUUUGUCGAUGAUCUGGAGCAGGCCCUGUAUGCCUCGAAGAUCAUCUCCUAUGCCCAGGGCUUCAUGCUCAUCCAGGAGGUAAGCCCUAGGAGUACGGCUGGAAGCUCAACAAGCCUUCCAUUGCCCUCAUGUGGCGUGGUGGCUGUAUCAUCCGCUCCGUCUUCCUCAAGGAUAUCACCAACGCCUACCGCAGCAACCCCGACCUUGAGAACCUUCUCUUCGACGACUUCUUCAAGUCCGCCAUCACCAAGGCUCAGAGCGGCUGGAGAAACGUUGUCAGCAAGGGUGCUCUCUGGGGUAUCCCUACCCCCGCUUUCAGCACUGCCCUCAGCUUCUACGACGGAUACCGCACCCAGAACCUUCCCGCCAACCUGCUGCAGGCUCAGCGUGACUACUUCGGUGCUCACACCUUCCGCAUCAAGCCUGAGUACGCCAACGAGAACUACCCCGAGGGCAAGGACAUCCACGUUAACUGGACCGGACGCGGUGGUGACGUGUCCGCCUCGACCUACGUGGCUUAA